AUGUCAAGAGCAGCAGUCGGCACCAUGGCCAGUACAAAGCCAUUCAAAAGAGACGAAAUACCCGACCCGAGGCGCUGUUUCCGAGAGCGUUGAUCGUGAGCGAAAAUUCACCUUGAGAGAAGCCGAACCCAACGACAUCUGGGAGAGCGGACACUGUAACGAGGGGGGCGGCCAUGAGUACCAGGGCCGCAGCUGUCACCACUGAGUGGCCGGCGGUGCUGGUCGGUGCCAACCCGCACUACGCCAGCGUCCUCGUCGAUGGUGCCGACAGUGGCCGCCAGGACAACUGGAGCAACGCUCAGCCAGACCCAUGGGCAACAAACGACACGAGCAGCAUGCAAGCCAAUCUGAGCCAGUCCUGGCAUGAGAACCUUCCGGUCGUAAUCACCGUCUCCUUGCUGCUCUGCCUAGUGAUCAUCGCCACUGUAAUCGGCAACAUCUUCGUCAUCGCGGCCAUCAUCUGGGAGCGCAACCUGCGCACCGUUAGUAACUAUUUGGUGCUCUCAUUGGCUGUUGCGGACUUGAUGGUGGCUUGUCUGGUCAUGCCACUGGGCGCGGUGUACGAGGUGACGCGAGAAUGGAGAAUGCCACCCGAGCUGUGCGACGUGUGGACGUGCUGCGACGUACUGUGCUGCACCGCGUCCAUCCUGCACCUGCUAGCCAUCGCCGUGGACCGCUACUGGGCGGUGACCAUCGUGGACUACAUGCGGCAGCGGGACGUCCGGAAGGUGGGCAUCAUGAUUUUCCUCGUGUGGAGCGUGGCCUUCGUGGUGUCCAUAGCACCAAUCUUCGGCUGGAAGGACAAGGACUCGCACAGCCGUGUCCUGCACGAGAAGAAGUGCCUGGUGAGCCAGGACGCCGCGUACCAGGUGUUUGCCACCUGCUCCAGCUUCUACGUGCCGCUCAUUAUGAUUCUCCUGCUUUACUGGCGCAUCUUUAAGGUGGCGCGCCAGCGGAUUCGCCACAAGCCGGGUGCCAAAGCUGUGCUCAUCGUUCACAAGGAACCAUCGACGUCAUCGGCCGUGGCGUCCAACGAGAACACACCGCAGCACAACACGACGACCAUGAGCUCGCCUGCCCACAACAGCAGUAAUCAGUCGUCGCCCAGCAACGGCAUGAACAAAGCCAUGCACGGAGGCAUCGGCCGACUACUCGUGCUCACAAAACGCGAGAAGAAGCACGUCGAGGAGUCGCUCGAAUCCCGGCGCGAGCGCAAGGCAGCCAAGACAGUGGCCAUCAUCACGGGCGUGUUCGUCAUGUGCUGGCUGCCCUUUUUUGUCAUGGCGCUAGUCAUGCCACUGUGCGAGACGUGCGACCCGGGAAAGCUGGUGUUCAGUUUCUUCUUGUGGCUGGGCUACGCGAACUCGAUGAUAAACCCGAUAAUAUACACCAUAUUCAGUCCCGACUUUCGGAACGCCUUUAAUAGAAUACUGUGCGGCAAGAAGCCCGCCAUGAGAUGACAGGAAUGAGCUUCGUGACGCGCUGUAGGCGUGUUUUCUAUACGGCUGCAGUGCAUAUGGGAUGACCGCUGGAACUCGGUGAAGAUGUACUACCAUUUUUGCCGCUGCUCUUGUCAAGUAUUUUUGUAUUGUCCCGUUAGAAUACAGGUUAAAUUAUAUCGCACGUUUACUAUUGCUUCAGACGCUUUAUUAGCAGAUAGGCCUCGAUUAGCCUAGCCUCAGAUACAUAGUUGACGCACACAUACUACAGCUUCUUAAACUAUUGUAAGAAUUCACGCCUCCCCGUACCGAUGCCGAGAUUUUUGCGUGCGUUAGUGCGUGCGGCUUUAGCCUCUGGGGCACUGGCGAAAGCCGCAGGCACUGAAUUUCGAAUGUCAUUUUGACCUCCCGUUGAUAAAUACAAGUGUUGAUUCUAACAAGCCUUUAGGCCCAACUGUUGUGACAGAAGUUAGCAGGUUUGUUCAAUUUACCAUCACUUCCAAGAACACAAAAGGUGCUGAGCUUAAUACAGAGCGUUUCGGAAUACAACCUGUAUUGCGGCUUUUUGGCAGAAAUUGUGUCAAACUCAGUGCCAAAAUAUAGAAACAUACCCUCAAUUGAUAAAUUGUCGUGCUUUGUUGGAGGUUCUUACAGCGCAUGGGGCUCCGCGCUGUUCGUUGGCCUCUGGCAAUGCGCCUUUCGCAUUCGCUCAAGUGUCGCGUGUAUCUCAAAGCCCAGGUUAUUUUUUCUUUCGCAUCUUAGCUUUCUGGUUUACUUUUACGCAGCCCCUUUCUUUGCCGGUUGUUACAAUAACAAGUGUUUCUGUCACCAUGUUCGUGCAUUUGGACUGCGUUUGGUCCAAUGAGUUACAGACUGUACUUCACAAACCCUUCAUCAAGCGCACAUGGGAAAGUGAAAGCUAGAGUGAUGGACAUGUUCGGAGGCUGAACUUUUUUCUACGGACAGUGUGAGUGGGUAGGAUCACGUGGUUUACCACGUGAUGGCCCUCUGCCCUCUUGUGUCACAAACAUAGCCAAGAGUGAAAGGUUCAGGGAAGAGACCUAGCGCCGCAUCAAUGUACAGUGUUCUCAUUGUGAUAUUAUUGCAUGUCUUGUGUGCGGAUGAGAGAAAAUCUUGUGAUCGUCUUGUCAUGCCUACUAUGACUAUCUCUGUGUAGCAGAAGCACCUGCAGUGAUUCGUGUUUCGUUAAAGAUGACGGCACUGCUUAACCAUAUCUGUAUCGAGCAGCUGUUUUCUGUGUUCUUGUCGUUAUGGACGCACAUAUUGUACUCACUCUUCUAAAGGUACUAAUGUGAUACAUUGUCUAACCGCACACUGUUAUUCCGUGUGGCCUCGAAGUCCUAUGUCCUUCUCAGCGCAUGCCUUUACCCUCUCGUAAUGUACCAAGCUGACACAAAAUGGAACGUUUAGUGCGUCGUUCUU